UGAGCAAAAAAAAAAACCCAAACGAUCGAGAGGUUUUACAUCAGUCCGUCGGUUUCCACUCUGACAACAUGUGUACUGGAAAAUGUUCCCGUUGCAUUGCGUGUGCUCUGUACCCGUUAGUGUUCCUGUCCAUGCUCUGUAACAUAAUAUUGUUCUUUCCUGGUGGGAGUGUCAAGUAUUCCAAAGAGGGACACCUUACUGAUGAGGUGAAAUACCUGGGGGGACUCAUUGGAGGGGGUUUGAUGGUGUUGAUCCCAGCGCUCUACAUCAGCCUGACCGGAGAAGAUGGAUGCUGUGGAAACCGCUGUGGGAUGUUCUUGUCGAUUGGAUUCGCUGCAGAGGGGGUAGCAGGCGCCCUGUACAGUUUCAUUGUGGCGGUGCAAGGUGUCGGUAACGGGCCGCUCUGCAAAUACAAUGGGAAAUGGACCAGACCUUUCAAAAACAGCAAUGCGAGCUACAUAUCUGACUCCAAGCUGUGGUCAGUGUGCACCGAGCCUACGAACGUGGUGCAGUUCAACACCGGACUCUUCAGCACUCUGAUGGCAGUCAGCUGUCUGCAGGUGAUUCUCUGCACCAUUCAGACCAUCAACGGCUUCUUCGGCUGCCUGUGUGGAACCUGCAACAAAUCUGAGACUGCGACCAUUAAUUAAAUAUCUGCAUUCCUCAUAUGGAGAGUCGACUGCCAUCCACUGAUAAUCAGCUGAGCAUCUCGUUCCUGGCUUGAAAACACUCCCUUUGAAAUUCUUGUAAACAGAAUUUUUAAUGUGUGUUUUUUCAUACCGCUGCAAUAUAUUAAAUUCCACUUUCAGUCAAAAAUGUGUCUCUCUUCUUGUUCCUACAGUUGAAUGUUUGAGCUGCACUGUGUAGAAUGAUGAACGUGCAGAGUUUGACAAGAGACGGCCAUUUUAACAUACACACUGAAAAUCUGAUUUAAAGGUGCAAUGAGUAGGAAGAGAAAUCAUUAACAAAUUAAAUAAUAUCAUCAAAAGAAUGUGAAGAAAUAACAUGACUUGAGGAAGAGGUCUUUGAAUUGAGUUGCCGAGAUAUCUUGUGAAAUUAGCAUGCUGAGCUAACCGCUAGCUGCUUUGUUCUGACUCUGUACAACACCGACACUCUCAAAGCUCCAUGUCAGGCGGAGAGUCAGCCACUAGAAGCACUAGCUGCGCAGCUAACUGUGCUAACUAGCUGACGACAGUUACAUUUAGCAGCAUUUGGUGGUUUUUCUGGUGAUCUGCUUCUUCUCUUUGAGUAUUCUUACAUAUUGCUCUUUUCAA